GUUUUGCCAUUCACUCGAGAUUGCAAAAACAAUAAAAUGUUUUGCAAAAAAAAACACCGCAGUAAAAAUUUAGGAAAAUUGAAGCAUAACCCGAUGUAACCUUCAAAACUGGACACGCCCCCGCCCAGUUGCUACAGUUCUUCCAAAAUGGCCAGUGAUUUUAGCACAAACCAAUUUGUGUCCACAAACACUUGCUCAAGUGCAGCAAAUUUCUCUCGCUGGCUGACCGAAGAAGUCUUCAAGUUGAUCGAUAUUGUGCAGCGGGAUGAAGCAAUUUAUAAUCCUAGACACAAAUACUACUUUUGCCGGCCAUACGUUGAAAACUUUUGGCGCGAGGUGGAUCUGAAGCUGGAGAAAAAUCCCGGUGCCAGUUUAGCCAAAUGGACCAAUUUACGCAUUUCAUUUCGACGUGAAUACACAAAUUAUUUGGAAGAGAAAGUGCCGCCCUGUUGGUCCUACUUUGAUCGUAUGUUCUUUUUGCAUCCAUAUUUGCGCAAGAAGCACCAACAACCCAAAUCGCUGGGCACACAGGUCCAGGAUGCGCUCGCCCAUUUGAGUAAUCUCUCGAAUCGCAUGCAGCGAGAACGAGCUGUCACCACUUGCACUGCAGCGAGUACAACGACCACAGCACAGGUGAACACGGGCAGCACAGCACACUCGGCACAGCCGUCGCCCCAGCCGCCGCAGCUGGACAACUAUUUGGACUACUUCGAUGAGCACGAUCACAACAAUUCAGAGCUUGAUGAGAUCAUCGACGAGGAGCAGCGAGCACGUUUCCAGAAUCAUCCUUUGGACAACAAUGACAUCAAAUCGGAAUGCGAAGAGCCAGUUGAAGAUUAUGAGCCGGAAGCUGAAGCAGAUGCCGAGCAACGUUUCCACCACGCACAUCAGGAUGAGGAGGAACAUGACAGAGACGACGACCAUGAAAUGCGACCAAACAUAUACGAUACGGCAGUGUCGGCAUCCGCACCCAUCAGUUCCACAUCUAGCUCAUCAUCGCUGGCACUCGAGAAGCGUUUCCCGCAGCAUUAUCAGCAGCAUAACAAUUCUAGCAGAUUGCAGCACAUGAAUCGUUUACAGAUGCGCACAUACCAUCACGAGGAGACACGUGCUUUGCGCUCACGCUCGCAAGAGCUGCAGGGCGUAGCCGCUGCUGCAGCUACCGUUGCAGCUGCCAGUGCUGCAAACAUGCAAACGCAUUCGAAUGUUUCGUUUGUUCGACCCACAUUCAGCAGCAAACCCGUGGACAUGGUUAGCACCACAACGCACAGCAGCACUGCAGUGGCUGUCAUAGGUGGCACGGACUCUGAGUUGCCAACGCCAUCGAGUGUGGCAGCAGCUGCUACGCCCAGCAGCGCUUAUGUUAAUCAACGACAUCUCCACGGAUCGCAUUCCCACUCGCAUCAUCAGUCGACACCGGCCCAGCGUCUUGAGGUCAGCAAUGGAGCAGCGAGUGCUGCUGGAGCAGUUGAAUUGUGUGACUGCAAGACGGAUUCGGAUGCCAUGUUUCUGAUGAGUCUGUUGCCCGACAUACAGAAGUUGAAUGGACGAGAUCGUGGCAAAAUUAAGAUAGCUUUCCAAAACAUACUGCAGGACUACUUGUAUCCCGACUAAGUGGGCGACUUCAAGUCGUCUGGAUAGUCUGCUGCUAGUUAAGAUCUCUUAGCUGUUCUGUGUAUACAAUCUUGCUUAUAGCAUACAUAAAAAUCCAUUUUCUGAGUUAUUAUUCUAAGUUGAUCGUUCGGCUCAGCCGGCAAAAAAUUGUUUGGUUCUUUUUUUUCGCUAUGUUUUAAUUCGCAUAAUUCCUUCAAGCUUUGCUGUGCAAAAACAAAAAACAGAGUAUCCUUUAUACUAGCCCCCUUGAACAACAUAUGUGUUA